GGGAUUGAAAAAAGUGAUAGAACGUUACGAUGGUGUAUAGAGCUUGAAGAGUGGGCCCAGUGAUAGCUUUAUCCAUCUUUUACAUUCUUAAUUAAUAACCGUAUGAGAGUAUGAGUAAUUUGUAGUGUUACACUCGCACCAUAUAUAAACCUCUGAUCACUCUUCUCUCUUUCUCUGCUUCACGUCAAGUUUUAAACACAAAGCAAACGCGAUCGAGAACUCGCGAAACGGGUGUAGAAUCUGUGAUCUGGUGAGCCAUGAAUGCCAGAAGAGACAACCGCAACAACCGAGUUGCUCUUUUUGAUGGUAUUGAGGAGGGUGGCAUCAGAGCAUCAUCUCUUUACUCCUCAACUUCUUCCCAUGAAAUUGAUGAACAUGACAAUGAACAAGCAUUGGAUGGAUUGCAAGAUAGAGUCAAUCUGCUGAAAAGAUUGUCAGGUGAUAUAAAUGAGGAAGUGGAUAGUCAUAACCGCAUGCUGGAUCGAAUGGGAAAUGAUAUGGAUUCUUCAAGAGGAGUCCUCUCAGGCACCAUGGAUAAAUUCAAAAUGGUCUUUGAGACAAAAUCCAGCCGAAGAAUGUUUUCACUUGUAGCAUCCUUUGUUGUGAUUUUUCUUAUAAUAUACUAUCUGACUAGGUAAUUGGUCUUCUACGCAACUGUCAGCUUUAUUUUAGAUUUGGAAGGAGGCUACUUGCUCUAUUCCUGUAAUUAGUGUUAUUACUUAUAAGAUGUUCCUCUAUGUUUGUAUAAAGAUUUUGACAUUUCAUUUAAUCCAACGAGUAAUGUCCAUAAUCCAGUUUGUGUACAUUUUCU